AUGGCUAAAAGAUCAAGAAGCUCAGUUUGGAACUACUUCAAAAAGAUAGAAGACAGCGAAAGUGUGAAGUCAUCAGAAAAAUUAAAAGAAGUCCAGAAGCAACUAAAUGUUUCAGACCACAAACUAGUACAAGAAGUAUCCACCAGAUGGAACUCGACUUACCUGAUGUUUACCAGGAUACAUGAACAAUUUGAAGCCAUCACAACUGCCUUGUGUCUACUUGGGCAGAACCAUCUGUGUCUGAAAAAUGAAGAUAAGGAACUCAUUUCCAAUUGCCUCAUUGUCCUGAAGCCUUUCUUAGAGGCAACAGAAAACAUAUCUGGGGACAAGUAUGUGUCAGUUUCAAUGAUAAUCCCCCUUGUUAAGCUCCUUUUAGAGAGCAUGAAGUCUCAUCUAUCAACUCUUCCUUUAGCUGCAAAUAUCUCUGCUGAGUUAGCAAGCCGCUUUUCUUCUAUUGAGGGAGCUUAUGUUACUGCUGCUACUACACUUUUGGACCCUCGCUUCAAGAAGCUACCAUUCUCCAGCCCUACAGCCUCUGAUUUUGCUGUUUCACGUAUAAGAAAUGAAGUAGCUCGAUUAAUCCCAAGCGAAACCACUGAAGCAACUGAAAAUAGCUCAGAAGCCUGCACACAAAGUUUGUGGGAUAGUUUUGAUAAACAGGCGGUUGAAUCAACAGCUCACAGAACUGCAGGAACAGAGGCCAUCAUUGAAGUUAGGAGAUACUUUGAGGAACCAAUAAUUCCUCGUUCCUCAAAUCCACUGCUUUGGUGGAAAGAAAAUCAACAUCGUUUUCCCAGGCUCAUGCAGAUAGCAAAAAAAUACUUAUGCAUACCUGGCUCCUCUGUUCCAUCAGAAAGGUUAUUUUCUAAGGCAGGGCAAUUGGUAUCAGAAAGACGAAAUAGGCUAAAGCCAAAGAACAUUGAUUUACUUCUUUUUUUGAACAAUAACUUAUAG